AAAACGCGUGUGAAACUGGCGCCGGAGCAAAUUGAAAUUGAAACUAAAUUUAAACUAAACCAUGGAAGCAGAGCCAGUAAUUGCGGCGGAACCCGCCAUGGAAGCGUCCAAGCAGGAGGUGGAAAAGGUCGUCCCCGAGGAACCCGUUGAAAGUGCACCCAAAAAGAGCGACGAGUUUGCUUACCUCGAUGCGGCCGGCUUUUCGUCGGAGCGGUUCAAGAUUGAGAUUAAGAAUUUGCCCAAAUAUUACGGGAUUAAUGAAAUGAAAAAGUUGCUCAACGUUAAGCUUUCGCUGGCGACCAACAAGAUCAAGAUCAUGCGUCCGGGUUGUCCGUUCCUGUUUGUUUGCUUCCGGGAUGACGCGGAACGGCAGGCGGCCAUCAAGGCGAUUGACGGGUACACCUGGAAGGGUAAGAAGUUGCAGGCCCUCGAGGCGAAACCUUCGCCGGAUCCGUUGGUCAAGCGGCGGAAUGAAUCCACGAAGUCGGACGGAGUUGUGUCGGUUAAGAAGCGCCGUACGCUGGAGGAGUCGGUUACGGCGCUGGCUUAUCUGAGCUACGAGGACCAGCUGAAGCAGAAGCAGUCGGAAAUGCACAACGUCUUGAAGGGGUUUGGGGAUGAGGUUUGGAAGAGUUGUCCCACGAUGCGGUCUUACGUUGAGGAGAUGAGGAAGUUGAAUGAUGGACUGCCUUGCAAGUUGGAGGAUAUUCGGGGUUCGCCGCAGGUUGACGGGUAUCGGAACAAGUGCGAGUUUUCGAUUGGGAAGGAUGGGCAGGGCGAGGUGAGGGUUGGGUUUCGCGUUGGGAGCUACUCGAAUGGGUUUUUGGAAGUUGAAUCGCCGGAUAAGUUGAAGCACAUUUCGGAGAAGAUGAAGUUGACUGUGAAGCUGUUUGAAGAGUUUGUGCAAAAGUCGGAGUAUGAUGUUUACAGCCCGGAGACGUACAAGGGAUAUUUCCGUCAGUUGACUGUGAGGACGUCGAACGCGACCGGACAAGUGAUGGUGGUCAUCGGAAUCCAUUCGCAGGAGCUUGGAGAGGAAAAGUUGUCUGAAUUGCGGUCAUCGCUGGUCAGUUGGUUUACUUCGGAGAAGGCAAAAGAGAUCGGAAUCAGCUCAAUUUACUUUCAAACGAUUGAAAAGUUCAAAUCUGGCCAGAACGCUCAUCCGACGACCCACCUGUGGGGCGAAACGCACAUCAUCGAGGAAAUUCACGGCUUGAAGUUCCGCGUCAGCCCGCAGGCCUUCUUCCAAAUCAACACUCCGAGCGCGGAGAUCUUGUACCAAACGGCGAUCGACCUCGCCGGGACGACCAAGCAAACCAGCAUUCUGGACAUUUGCUGCGGAACCGGCACGAUCGGGCUGUGCUUCGCCAAGCACUGCAAGCAGGUUCUGGGGGUGGAAAUCGUGGCCGAGGCCAUCGCGGAUGCCACGCACAACGCGAAGGAGAACGGCAUUGAAAACUGUAAAUUUUACACCGGAAAUGCGGACGACUUGAUCACCUCGCUGGUGCGGAACGCCAACGUGCAAAAGGACGAGGAUCUGGUGGCGAUUGUGGACCCACCGCGUGCGGGACUUCAUAUUCGCUCCAUCACGCAGCUGCGCAACGCCCGCGGUCUGAACCGGCUGAUCUACGUGUCCUGUUCGCCGCAGAGCGCCGCCAAGAACUGGGCCGACCUGAUGCGUCCCCGGUCGAAGGUUAUGCGCGGCGGGCCGUUCAUGCCGAAGCGUGCCAUUCCGGUGGAUCUGUUUCCGCACACGCCCCACGCCGAGUUGAUUGUGCUGUUCGAGCGGGAACCGGAGCAGGACGAGGAGGAGGAGGCGGAGCAGAAGAAGGACGAGACUGAGAAGGUGGAAGGUAAGGUUGAGGGUGGGGACAAAGCAGCUGAAGUUGUUGCUGAAGAAAAGGUUUGAACAUCGAUGAUGUUUUUGGGGGAAGUGAAUAAUUUUGAAAUAACGAAACAUUAAUCAAUUUGAA